AUGCUGUACGAAAGCGCCUCGGAUGUCGCCAUCCACUCUCCCCGCCUCCCCGUAUCCCUAUCCUCGCCAAUCUUGACUUCAAGCCCAUCCUCGCACGCGCUUUGCUUCCUCGCCCGUCCAAUCCCAACAUAUCCCUCCGCGCCCUCAUCUCCAGUCCCACCGUCACCCGAUACACCCUUAUUCGCCGAACAACAGCAGCCCCCACCACAGCCCAACCCGUCCGUAUGGGUGACGCCGAGUAGCCCUCACACCUUCCGCGCGUUCAGGCUGGAAUUUGGCUCGCCGCCGGGACUUGGGCUGGGAGUUGGUCCACCGCCAGCGUCGCUCGCGACGUUCCAGCCUCCAUCGCGCUCGGAAGCACGCCGCAUCUUCUCAGGCGGUUCAAGCGGCACGGCAACACCUCGUCCAACCUUCGCGGACGUCGACUUCGCCGCUCGCAGACCCUCCUCAACUCCCCGCGGUCGCACCAACUCCAUCAAGCGUCCAGGCUCGCACGACAAAUCGCGCCUUCCGCGCCAACGCGCCUUCGUCCUGAGUCCUACGCCCAACUCGCCCUCUCCGCGCGUGUCUUCGCCCGCUGUACCGGCGAAUGAGAGGUUGAAGGAUUUCAGGGCGUUGGUAGCGAAGAUGCGGACGAGUACAAGUUUUGGGAGUUCGGGGAGCCAAGUUUUCAGUCGGGAGGGCAACGAUUCGGAUUGGACGGAUGAGAGCGAGGACGAGGAUGAGUUGGCUGAGGAGGACGAAGGGGUGGAGAUUGAUAUGAAGGGAAGGCAUCAUGCGAAGUUCUUCUGCUGA